AUGGAGAAGAUGAAUCGAAAAGAUAGUGUUCUUAUUUUCGGAAUUGGGGUUUAUCUCGAGCUGAUACACUGUACACACGCGUGUAACGGUUAUAUCAGGACUUUAAGACUAUGGAUCCAUCUAACUCCCUAUGAUCUCAAACUUCUUAAUUUCGCUUACCCUCAAAGAGGUCUUCUCUUUUCCAAACCCGACGAGGAAACCCAUAUCAUCCCUAAACUAAAGGCUUCACUUUCCACUGCCUUAGAUAUCUAUUUCUCGUUCACUGGUCGUCUCAUCAAGAUAGACAAUCCCAAAGACAAUACGGUGUCGUAUUACGUUGACUGCGACUGCUCAGGGGCCAAAUUCAUUCACGCCAAAGCCGAACACGUCUCCAUCAACCAUUUCCUUCAACUUCACGACUCUGGUCCCAACUUCACACAGUGUUUCUUUCCCGCGAAUGAUCUCAAAAGCUCUGACGGCAUCUCUGAGUCUUUGCUCUUAUUGCAAGUUACCAAGUUGAAAGAUAGAGUUUUCAUCAGUUUUGGUUACAAUCACAUGGUGGCUGAUGGUUCUUCCUUCUGGAAUUUCCUCCACACUUGGUCCUCAAUCUGUCUGAACGGUUCAAGUUCUCAUAUUCAGCCUCUUGUUCUCAAGGACUUGUUCAUCGAGGGAGAAGAAGAAUAUCUCAGAACUCAAAGCGAAAACCAACAAAGAGAUAUGUUCUUCAGACUUAAAAUAUCGUCUCUUCAAGCAGUUUUAGCACAUCUAUGGCUAUCUAUUAUCAAAGAGAGUCAUCAAAACCGUGUAGAAGAUCAGUCUCAUAUUAUAGUAGCUGUGGAUAUGAGACGAAGGUUGAACCCUCCUCUUGACACAGCGUGUUUUGGUAAUGUGACACACCAAGGGAUGGCUACAGCAAGGGUGGGAGAGAUAUUGGAUCAUGGGCUAGGUUGGGCUGCUUUACAAAUAAAUGAGAAAGUGAGGUCAUUAACGAAUGACAAUUACAAGACUUUUGCGGAGACUUGGUUCAAAAAUGUUAAGCUCCCACAACCAAAGAUAAGUGGUGGACCUAGAAAGGCUGAUACUUAUCUGGUGGUCAGAAGCUCUCCGUGGUUGGAAGUAUAUGACAACGAUUUCGGUUGGGGAAAACCAAUUGCAGUUCGAUCUGAACCAAAUAAUGGUUUUGGUGUCUCCCUCGUAGUAUUUAGAGGAGUUGAAGAAGGAAGCAUUGAUGUUCAUGCAACCAUACCCUUAUCCAUAUGGUCUGAUAUUAGGGCUGGGAUGACAUUUAGAAAGUUGCAUAGUGAUGCGGCGCAUCCUCAUCGGUUUAGCAUCUCGGUUACACACUAA